CGCAUAAUAUUCAGAUCAAGAAAGUAAACUGCGAUUUUACAUAAUCCGGACGUGUGAAAAAUUCAUAGCAUUCGUAGCACACUGAGACACUUUCUCUAAGUGCAUGGACGGUGGUCAAUUCACGUACCCACCCACCAAUCUAUAAAGGCACAUGCUGCAUUUGUAAUCGGCUCACUCCAUUGUGUCUAGUUUGUGUGAAAACAACACCUAUUAGGAUAUUAACAUGAAUUAUUUAUCAGUAUUAGGAGUGACGUUAAGUUUACUGUUGUCUUGCCAAUGUCAGCGACAAUAUCAACACCAACAGCCCGCCGUCCAGUACAACCAAGAAGAUAGUUAUAGUUACCAAAGCACGCAGCCACCCCCACAAAUCCUAUCACACAAACAGGCACUGAACCACGAUGGUAAUUUUAAAUAUCUUUUCACGUCUGAAAAUGGACUGGCACAAGGAGAAAGUAUUGCACCAGACGGAUCAAGAAACGGCGGAUACAGUUAUGUCGAUCCCAAUGGCAAGAAGAUCUCAGUAAAGUACACAGCUGGAAAAGAAGGCUUCAGAAUCCUCGAAGCUGAUCAUUUACCAAAAGCGCCACAGCCUGUAGUUCCAUUACCGGUACCUGUUCAGCAGCCCGCAUACCAACCUCAAUACCAACCACAACCUCAACAAUACCAACCAAGAGCAUAUCCUCAGUACAACAAACAGGAAGAUGAUGGCCAAUACAGGCCAGAGCUGUAUGAAAGACCUCAACAACAGUUAAUCCAACAGAAUAAUUUUACAAAGUGCCUCAUCUGUAGUGAUUCUAAGAGUGCUCUAGAAAAAAUCACAAGAUCAAGCUACAAGGCGGCAAUAGACUCACAAACUCUCCAACUAAAACAAAAACUAUGUGAAUUUGAUGAACAACAUAGAGAAAUUAAAUUUGCAUGGAUUCCAAGUCACACUGGAAUUAUUGGGAAUGAUAGAGCUGACCAUCUUGCGAAUCUUGGAAGAAAGCUGCCCAUUAGUGAAGAACCAAAGGCCUCCUUUAAAGAUUUUCAAAUUAAAUAUAAAGAAAACCUAUGGAUCGGUUGGGAAAAUCGAUUCCAACAAAUAGGACAGGCAAAAGGAAUUACUUAUUGCUCACAAGUUACAGUUCCAUAUAAAAAGGCAUGGUUUACAAAAUUUCCCAACCUGGGGAGAGGUAUAAUCACACAAAUGUGUCGUAUGAGAAGUGGACAUUGUAGUGUUCCUGUACAUUUAUUUAGAUUGAAGGUAGUGAAUUCAAACCAGUGUUUAUGUGGCAGUGUAGGAACUUUACAACAUGUUUUAUUGGAAUGUACUAGGUUCCAAAGAGAGUCCCAGUUGCUUAGAAGGGAACUAGAAGGUGAUCCGACAUUAACUGAUGUGUUGUUUAAAAAUUUAAACUCAAAGACAUUAAUCGCAGUGCAAAAGUUUUUAACAUCAACAGUGACUCGUGUGUAGCUUGCUUAAAAACUU